AUGCCUGAAAGAUCGCUGAAGCUCGACUCCGCCGCCAACACUUUUCUAGGCGAACCGUUUGAACUCAAACCUCUUGUCAGUGAGAUUCUGCGCACCAAGUAUUGUAUCCCCGGAAGCAUCUUUCUUGUCGAGGGCGUUGAUCGCAUCUCGGUCUCAAGAUCAGGACGAUGGCAAGUCAUCCGAUUUAUUCUUGGCGAUGGUGAGGUCUGUAUUCAGGCGAUAUUGGCGCCUGAUAUGCACCGCUUCGUCACAACGGGGGACAUCUCUUUGGGGGCUUAUGUUCGCUGUGAGAAGUUCGAUGUCAAGUGGAAGGACAUUGGUGAGGAGAGCAUGGUGAUGCUGUUGGUGAAGGAUCUCAUCACAAUCGGUUGGAAUGAAGCAUAUCGAGCACUCCAGAAGAAGGAUGAACCUCUGCCUGAACAGAUUCCGGCACCAGCACUUCAAGCAAAGUCUGUGCCUCAGUCCAAACCAGCACCAGAACCUGAGCCAGAGGUCAGGCUGGCUCCCGAUCAGCCCGAACUUCCAAAGGGACCUUCCAAACCAGUCUUUGAGGAUUACAUGGAGUUUGAUGAUGUUGACGAAGCAGCAGCCGAAGAAGCUUUCGAAGCCUUUGAGAGACUCAUGGAUGCCAACAGACCCCAGACCGCCCAGAAGCCACCUCCACUUCGAAAGAUUGAGUCUCCACGAAAGACGGCGGCACUUCCGAAGCCGCAGACACCAACCAAGGGAACACUUUGGCAGAAGCCACGUACACCGCAAAAGACAGAGACACUGCAGAAACCGAAGACACCUCAGAAAGCAGAACAGUCACUGAAGCCACAAACACCACAAAAGGUGCAGGCAUUGCAGAAACCGAAUACACCACAAAAGACUGAGGUAUCCAGAAGACCACAAACUCCACAACGAACUGCGAUAACCCAAGACACACCAACAUCUCACCAAGCCAUUGCCCUCCCACGCGACUGGCACGAUCCCCAAACCCCUCUCAAGCUCACCACCCUCCGCCAGAUCCCACAUCUGCCCUACGCCCAGAACUGGUCCUGCAACGUCCUCGCCAUAGUCUCCCACCUCUCCGCAGUUGAGCCCUCGAGUCUUCCGCCAUAUCGACAGCGAAUUGCACGUCUCGCAGACCCGUCUACGUCGAAGCAAGUACAUCUCACGGUCUUUCUAGAUCCAGAAGCUUUCACGCCUCGUGUUGGAAGUGCGGUGUUGCUUGUGGGUGUAAAGAACCAUCGUUUUGAUGGGGGCAGUUUGAAGAAGUAUGAGAGCGAUCGCAAAAAUGGACGGUGGUGGUUUGAGAAUCCUAUUGAGAUGGACUGGUGUGAUGUUGAGGGGAUUAAUGAUUGGUGGGUGCAAGUUACUGCGGCUACACAGGGUCGACGUUAG